AUGCUCACAGCUGCUGUUUUGGGAGCUGUUUUUACUUCUCCGAGUGUUUUGCAAAUCUUCAAGGCAAUCACUGCUGUUACAAGCAGGAGACGAGUUGAUGAAGAAGGAAAGGGAUGCUUGUUGAUUGUGAAGAAUUAUACAGGAGAUAUAUUGAAUUUUAGAUUGGCUAGAGAAAUGGCCAUUCAAGAUGGAUAUAAUGUGGAGAUGAUUAUUGUGGGAGAUGAUGUUACUCAUCAGAGAGGAGUUGCUGGAACUGUUUUUAUUCAUAAAUUGUGUGGAGCUAUGGCUGAGAGAGGUGAUUCAUUGAGUGAGAUUUUUGAGUUUAUGAAAUCAAAAUUAAAAAUCACAUCGGAACAAGUAUUGAAUAAUGGAAAUGAAUCAUUUAUUAGGAGUAUUGGAAUUGGAUUGAAUAGUAUUUCAAUGCCAGGUAAUUCGGAACCACUCUAUGAAUUGAGUGACAGCGAUCCUGUCUAUGAGCUCGGCUUGGGAAUUCAUGGAGAGAAGGGCGUUUGCAGACUUACAUUUUCUCCAACUAAUCCAGUCACUGAAAUUUCCAACACAAUGAUUGAACAUUUAUUACCAAAGGAAUUCAGUGCCGAGAAUCUCAAAUUUGCUCUCAUGAUUAAUAAUUUAGGAUCUACCACCUUGUUGGAAAUGUACAAUAUUGCAAGGGUGGUAAUUACCUUAUUGGAAAAUCAAAACAUUUCUAUUGAGAGAGUGUAUGUUGGAACAUUCAUGACUGCUCUGAAUAUGCAUGGAUUCUCUCUCAGCUUGCUUAAUUUAGCUCAAAACUCUGAACAAUUAUUAGAACUCUUGGACACUCCAACAGAGUCAAUGUUUUGGCCAACUAGUUUGAAUCUCUCCAAAAAAUCAAACAAUUCUUCGAGAACUAGUCACUCAACUGGAGGUAUUAAACUGUCCCCUCAAAUAGGAAUAACAGCCACAACAAAAUCCAUCAUAUCUACUGAGGAAAAUUCACAAGUAGAAAAAUUCCUCUCACUCACAGGGGUCGUUUGUGAUUUUAUCUUGACAAGAAUUAAAGAAUAUAAUUCUUUGGACAGUGAAGUUGGAGAUGGGGAUUGCGGGAGUGCCAUUGAAAGAGCUUGUGAAUCAAUUCAACAACACAUCCUCAAAAAACAAGAUUUGAAAAUGACACUUGCCGAAUUGGUUUAUCAAAUUGGAAUUUGUGUUCAAAAUAGUGGAGGUAGUUCAGGAGCUAUUAUUUCCAUGUUCUUUUUAAGAUAUUCCAAAUCAUUGAAAACGAAUUCAUUCGAUCACAAGAAGGCAUUCAUUGAGGGAGUGCACGGAAUGAUGGAAUUGGGUGAUUCAAAGAAGGGAGACAGAACAAUGCUCGAUACUCUCAUUCCAGUCAGUGAAUAUUUACAGGAACAAGAAGAAUCUAUCGAUGUGGAAACCAUUGUUAAAGUUGCAAAUGAAGGAAUGGAUAGUACAAAAUCAAUGCUUGCCAAAAGGGGUAGAUCUCGUUAUCUUGGAGACAGAGUUUUAGGAUUCUUAGAUCCUGGUGCACUUUGCAUGUUUGAUAUUGUCAAAAUUUGGUCAUUGUGGAUGUUAGAUAAAUCACGGGUGGCUAACUCUAGCGAUUUUUUUCGUGAAGUCUCCGACCCACGAGUUUUUUUUGCCACAGUAAAUAUUACAAGUUGUACUAUUUGA